AUGAGGACGUUUGGAAUUGAACGCGACAGCCGCAUUUUGGAAAUAAUUGUCUCCGGAAAGCCAUUCCCACUCACGAAGCUGAACGGGGACGAAUUCCUCAGCGCAUGGUGGCAAGCCGUGGUCUGUCAUUAUACCCUCUGGAAGCACGAUAUCCAUCACCGCGACGUCAAUCCUGGAAAUCUCAGGGUGCACAGGUCUGAUGGUCGAUGGAUUGGGGUACUCAAUGACCACGACCUAUCAUCGACUCAACGAAAUAGGCCUACCGGCAAUGAGCACAUAAAAGCAGUACCAUUCGUGGCAAUUGAUCUGCUCGAGGUAGCUGCAAUUGAAGGCAAUGUCUCACACUUGUACCAGCACGAUGCUGAAUCGUUCGUAUGGGUCCUCGUCUGGGUCUGUCUUCGCUAUAGGGACGGCAAGCUCUUGCGCGUGAAGGAGGGCAGACUACUCGACGAGUGGCUGACAGUGGAUGCUGAAGAAUGCUACGACCUUAAGUCCGGCUUCAUUCGGAUGUUUCGGAAAGAGGACGACCUCGACCUUAAAAUCCGUCCUUCGUCGUCGCACAAAUCAACUAACUGGAAGCUCGCGGUAAAAUGCCUUCACACACUCUAUUAUUCCUCCAGGGCCAGCGUGCCAGACGAUAAAUCUGCAUUCGAGAAGCUGCUUCUGGUGAACAUGAAGUGUGUUGCUCCACGCAUACUUCAUCCCGUUGAGGUGUCAUAA